AUGUCGACAUUGAAACUUCCUUCUCCUAUACUCUCUAUAUCUUCAUCUGAUCUCUUCGACCUUAUUCGUUCUCAUUGUGGUCAAGAAGUCCUCGAUAUUGUUAUAGCACAAAAAAUUCCCGACAUACAAACUCUUCUUCGAGUAAAUGAUUUGUUUACUCUUGUUUAUCUUCCAACAGAUGAAUUUCGAGAACUCAAGGAAAAGGUGGCAGUACAGCUUCACGAUGGUACUUGGUCAGUGUUGAUCGGAUUUCAAGCUCGUGUCGAUGAACUCAUGAAUGCUCUUAGAGAACAAACUCGUCUCGAUGAAAAUGCAUAUUAUCCAUCAUCCAAUAUUACUGGCCGAAAUGCGUAUCGAUUUGUUUCACUCAAUGUUCCUGGUUUUCUUCCAUCAAUCACUACUAUUAAAAAAAGACUUGCAAAUUCUUCCUUUCAGGAUACCACAGGUGUAAUUCCUAAAGUGACUUAUGAUUCAAUGUCCAAUUCAUUCAUUGGCUUCGAUACACCUCUUGCAGACGGACAGCCACUACCUGAUCAGCAUCGUACGGAUUUCUACGCGGAACUUCAAAAAUGGCUUGAAGAAAAACAAACAUCUACUUUCAUCAAUGUCCAUAUGUUACAACCUCUUCUUAAUACCUCGUCCGAUCGAAUUCCUUCGCCUUUUCUUCUUUCUGCCUAUGGUAUUGCCGGUACUUACACUGCUGAAGAUGUACUUAAUCGCUGGCUUUGGAUAUACGAAGAAACCAAGAAAAAAGGCAUUCGAAUUAUUGGUUUUUCAACCGACUGCGAUAGUCGCUAUCUUCGAAGUUUGAGAAUAGCCAGCGGUUUCUUCGCAUUCAACAUUGAUCAUCCGUUCAGAUAUCAUACUGAUGCUUUCAAAGCAAAUAUUCCUUCUCAUUGGCAUUGGUUCUAUCUUCAACCUUCACAAUUAUGUUUAUUUAUACAAGUGAGCGCUUAA